AUCAAGUGAAAAAAAACUAAAAUUUAUUAAGGUCUUCUCUUUUCUUCUCUUUUCAUUUCUUCUUUGGUUGUGCGAAAUCAGGGGGCGCUUUCUCUUCAUCUCUAUCUUCAGAACCUAGAUCUGAUCUAGGGAUCUUGAUUUACAGCUCCAACUUUGAGGUACUUGUGUAAUUUUAAGGUAUCUAGGUUUCAAUUUCUGUAGAUCACCGACACUUAGAGACUAUUAAGGAUUGGGUCGCAUCGAUGGCUUCGAAUCCUCCUCAAUUUCAGGCGGAGGAUCAGACGGAUGAGGAUUUCUUCGACAAGUUAGUGGAUGAAGAAGAUUUCGGUGGGCCCACCCAUACCACAACUACCUCUGCUUCCUCCGCCCCUAAAUUAUCGGAGUCGAAUGACUCCGAUUCUGACGAUGCUAAGGCUUUUGCGAAUCUGAGUAUAGAUGAUAGUGGAAAUGAUACGAAAAGAAAAGUUGUUGCAGAAACGGAAAGUGAAUCAAAUUCUGGUAGCGUGAUUGAAUUAAAUAAUGAUAAUGAUAAUAAGGAUGGGACUGGAAUGGAAGAUUUAUCAGAUUUAAGUGCUAGUAAGAAUGGUGGAUCUGUGGUUAAGGAGGUGGGAUGGAGUGCAUUCAAUGCUGAUUCUAAGCAGCAGAAUGGCAAUCAUGGUUUUGGUUCAGCCUCGGAUUUUUUCAGUGGUUGGGCGGACAAUUCCAUGGAAUUUCCUACACAGGUGGAGGAAAAUUCAAAUUUGAAUGCCAAUGGAUUUGUAACUGGAAAUGAAGUUAAGGCUGCUGGUUUUAUUGAUAAUUCAGUUACUUAUGAUUUUCAUGCACAAAGCCAAGAGAGGCAAGUUGACGGAGUACAAGAGAUGGUCAAUGGGCAUGAUGUGAAUAGCAGUGAGUAUUGGGAGAAUUUAUAUCCGGGGUGGAAGUAUGAUAUGAAUACUGGGCAAUGGUGUCAGGUGGAUAUGGCGGCAAGCUUCCAAGGGGGCUCUGAUACAACUGCAAGUAGUGAUUGGAAUGUUGUUUCAGAGAAAUCAGAGCUAUCAUACUUGAAACAAAUCUCUCAAUCUGUUGUGGAGACCCUACCUGAUACUAGCACAACUGAGAGUGUGUCUAACUGGAAUAAUCUGGUUUCUCAUGGGGAUAAUAAUGGUUACCCAGAACACAUGGUUUUUGAUCCACAAUAUCCUGGUUGGUAUUAUGAUACAAUGGCUCAAGAAUGGCGCGCAUUGGAGAGUUAUGAUUCAGCUGGACAGCCAUCAGUUGAAGCUCAUUAUCAGCAAGGUCAAAAUGGGUUUGCUUCUACUGAUACAUAUGUGAACAACAGAAACAGCAUAUAUGGUGAAUUUAGGCAAGUUGAUACAUAUGGGCCACAUGUUGAUAGUAGCCAAAGCCAACAUGGAAUGCAAGCUGAUACUUAUGGGUCAGAGGGCUUUGGCAACCUAGAUCGACAAGGAAGCUGGGCUGAGACUUUUGGUAAUUACAACCAACAGGGCUUUAGCAUGUUGCAGUCUGAGUCUGUUGCAAACACUGUUGAUGCUGCAGAUUUCAGUCAACAUCAGCAAGUGGAUAAUUUUUAUGGUUCAAAGGCAUCUGUGGAUAACCAAGUGGAUCAACAGAGUUCUUUUAAUUCUAUGUGGACUGUUGCAUCACAUGGCAAUGUAAGUCAAGUUCAUGCUGAGGCUAAUGGGGUUGUUGGGUUUAAAAGCUUUGUCCCUAGUGAUAACUUUAGUCGUCAACUGAAUCAGCCAUAUGUGAAGCAGAAUGAACAAAUGCAGUUUUCAAAUGACCACUAUUGUGGACAGAAAGGAGUAAAUGUUCCACAACAGUCAUUUCAGAGUGGCUACCAGAAUUCUUGUGCCCCAAACAUGGGAAGAUCAACUGCUGGUCGCCCCCCACAUGCAUUGGUUACUUUUGGGUUUGGUGGAAAACUCAUAGUAAUGAAAGAUAUCAAUUCUUUCCACAACGCAACUUAUGGAAGCCAGGAUCAUGUAGGAGGGUCUAUUUCUGUUUUGAACUUGAUGGAUGUUAUCUCUAGAAACACCAGUGAUUCUAGCGCUGGAGGAGUGACAUACUUUAAUGCACUAUGCCAACAAGCCUUUCCGGGUCCAUUGGUUGGUGGCAAUGUUGGAAGUAAGGAGUUGAAUAAAUGGAUUGAUGAGCGGGUUGCAAACUGUGAAUCUCAUGACAUGGAUUACAGAAAGGGCGAAGUUUUGAAGUUGCUUCUCUCUUUACUAAAAAUUGGUUGUCAACAUUACGGAAAACUUAGAUCUCCUUUUGGUACUGACACUGCAUUGAGGGAGAGUGAUUCCCCAGAAUCAGCAGUUGCUAAACUCUUUGCAUCUGCCAAGAGGAAUGAGACCCAGUUUGGUACUCUUAGUCACUGUGUGCAGAAUUUGCCAUCUGAAGGACAGAUUCGGGCAACUGCAUCUGAGGUGCAGAAUCUUUUGGUAUGUGGUAAAAAAAAAGAAGCUCUAUUAUGUGCACAAGGUGGUCAGUUGUGGGGACCUGCCCUUGUCCUUGCGUCACAACUUGGUGAUCAGUUCUAUGUUGACACAGUCAAGCAAAUGGCACUUCGCCAACUGGUGGCUGGAUCACCUUUGCGGACAUUAUGCCUGCUAAUAGCUGGGCAACCAGCAGAUGUUUUUACCUCAGAUGUGUCAGCUAAUAGUGGGCUUUCUAGUGCUUUUAAUAUGUCUCAACGACCUGCAGUGUCUGGGGCUAAUUACAUGCUUGAUGAUUGGGAGAAGAAUUUGGCUGUGAUAACUGCAAACAGAACAAAAGAUGAUGAACUUGUGAUUAUUCAUCUCGGAGAUUGUCUAUGGAAGGAAAGAAGUGAGAUAACUGCCGCCCACAUCUGCUACUUAAUUGCGGAAGCAAACUUUGAGUCAUAUUCAGAUAGUGCGAGACUUUGUCUUAUUGGAGCAGAUCACUGGAAAUGUCCUCGAACGUAUGCUAGUCCAGAGGCUAUUCAGAGGACCGAGUUAUAUGAAUAUUCAAAGGUGCUGGGAAACUCUCAGUUUAUCCUGCUACCAUUUCAGCCAUAUAAGCUCAUAUAUGCAAACAUGCUUGCAGAAGUGGGAAAAGUUUCAGAAUCUUUGAAGUAUUGUCAAGCACUAUUAAAAUCACUGAAAAUGGGUCGAGCUCCUGAAGUAGAAACAUGGAAGCAAUUGGUGCUAUCACUUGAGGAGAGAAUUAGAACCCAUCAGCAGGGUGGAUAUGCUGCAAAUUUGGCUCCCACAAAAUUAGUCGGUAAAUUGCUCAAUUUUUUUGAUAGUACUGCACAUCGUGUUGUUGGAGGCCUACCGCCCCCUGCACCAACUACAUCUGGAAAUGUUCAAAGUGUUGAAAAUUAUAACCAGCCUAUGGGCCCAAGAUCUAGUCAAUCGACAAUGGCCAUGUCAUCACUAAUGCCUUCUGCUUCAAUGGAACCAAUAAGUGAGUGGGCAGCUGAUGGCAACAAAAUGAUGAUGCCUAAUAGAAGUGUCUCAGAGCCAGACUUUGGUAGAACUCCAAGACAGCAGCAUCAUGGCGAUUUGUCAACAGAGGCGACCUCAUCCAGUGCACAAGGUAAAUCAUCUGACUCAGGUGGGGCAUCUCGAUUUCCUCGUUUUGGCUUUGGCUCAGGGCUUUUACAAAAGACAGUGGGGCUAGUCUUAAGGCCUCGAUCAGAUAAACAGGCUAAAUUGGGUGAAAAGAAUAAAUUCUACUAUGAUGAAAAGCUUAAGAGGUGGGUGGAGGAGGGGGCUGAACCCCCAGCUGAAGAAGCAGCCCUGCCACCCCCUCCAGUAACUGCUUCCUUCCAGAAUGGAACUUCUGACUACAACUUGCAGUCUGCAUUGAAAAGUGAGGGCAGCUUUCCUAGUAAUGGGAGUCUGACAAAUAAAACUUCAUCUCCAUCAGAACAUGCCUCGGGAAUCCCACCUAUUCCAACAAGCACAAACCAAUUUUCUGCUCGUGGGCGUAUGAGUGUUCGAUCAAGGUAUGUGGACACCUUCAACCAAGGUAAUGUGAGCCCAGCAAAAUCGUUCCAGUCUCCUCCUGUUCCUUCUGUGAAACCAGCUGUUCCUUCAAAUGCCAAUUUUUUUGUUCCUGCACCUACAACGCCAGCUGAACAACCAAUGGAGGCUAUUGCAGAAAAUGUUCAAGAAGAAACUGCAAAGUUUGAAAAGCCUUCAACAUCCACUGUAAAUGAGGCUUCCCCGCCUCCUACAUCAACAAUGGCUAAACAAAGGUUCCUGAGUAUGGAUAAUAUCCCAGCAGCUGUCAUGACAAAAGACAAUAGCUUCCUCCGACUUCAGAGUCGACGGACAGCAUCUUGGAGUGGAAGCUUCAGCGAUUCAUUCAAUCCACACAUGCCUCAAACAGAAGGUAAAGGUGAGGCAGUGAGCAUGCCGCCAUCGUCAUUUAUGCCUGGUCCAAUGAAUGGGAGUUUUGGGGAUGACCUUCAUGAGGUGGAACUUUGAACCAGAGUAACGAAGAUGUAAAUAUUGAAGUUUUGUUCCCUUUGGUCAAUACGAUAUUCAAGGACGCUGUGCUGCUCAUACGCCUUUCGUAUAUGAGAAAAGAAACUGGUGGCACGCUUGAAUUAGUGGAUCAGCAUUGGGUUGGAUGGUUCCGGCCGGCAAAUAUUUAACUUAAGUCACAAGUGACGUCUCGAAUGUAUUCCUUCGGUUUCCACUGAAGAUAUGAGGGGCUGGUUAUUUUUUCUUUUCUUCUGGGUUUUUCUUCUGACUUUAAAGGCAAAGAAAGUCUAAAUAGGGCGUACUAUUGUACAGUUGAUGAUUUGUUCAUUUGUUUUACAACAGGAAUGUCCCUUAAGUUAAGAUAGAAGAAAAACUCUUAAAAGAUACCCUGACGGGGCAAAAAGGAUAAUGUACCGAUUUCCAGAAAAUAAGAUGUUUCGUCAUUUAUUUUUUCCUUUUAAUAAUAUUGCCACAAUUUCUUCA